AUGGAAGGGGUAUGAUUUAGAAUGCCUCCAUACUUUCGAUUUCUCGUUAUUAUUGGAUAUUGAAAGGAAUCAAAGCUUUCCCUAUAAAUUGUAGUUUUCAUUUCGGAUUUGUAGUUUUUCAGCAAACCGAUCAAUAUAUUCCCCUGAUUGGCGACGGCACUUGGCAGAAAACCGCCAUCGAGACGCCAAAUGGAAUCGUUUGACGCCGCCGCCGCUUCUGUGACAACGAUGAUACUUUGAACAGAAGACCAAACAUGGGGAAGGGAAUUCAUCUGUCGUUUUGGACUUCAACUCAGCUCAUCAUCCUCAUCUCUCUACUCAAAGAAGUACUGCCCAUCACUGUCACAGAUGUCCGUCUCGUGUCGCAGCUCCCCUACGUCAUCAGCGGCGAGCCAGCAGUGCUCACUUGCCACUACAUCACAGCCCCGAACGAGGUGGUGACCGAGGUGGAGUGGGAAAAGGACGGAACCCUGGUGUACCUAUGGACGCUGGACGAACCUCCUGUGGCCAAAGAUGUCCUGGAGGGCCACGCGGACCUCAGCGUCAGCUCCCCGAGCACGCUGACCAUCAAUUCCGUGAACAUGCACAUGCAGGGGACGUACAUCUGCAGGGUGAGGACGAACGGAAAGACGUCGCAGAAUGACUUCUUCCUUAUGGUCAUUGUGGAUGCGUGUCAAGAAGGGGCGUGGAAAACGCACACCGACAUGAUUUCCUGCACGGAGACGGUGAGCAUGCAUUGCAUCGGAAUCUUCCCCAAACCAAGCCCGACGUGCGGCGUGUAUGCCGACAAAUCUGGUAGAUUCUUGAACAGCGUACCGUUCGAUAGUGUCAACAAAUUAGCCAAUGGGACAUUCGAAGUGAGUUUCAACAGAAAGUUCGAGAUCAAGGAGUGGAUAAAUCACACUGACAUCAGUUUUCGGUGCCACAUGAUGUUUCUGGGGACUCCGUGGAGAAGAGGAAUAGUUCAUAAAAUGUUUGGAGAGUCCGGCUGCAAGGAAGAUCCCCCACGUGUUCAAAACGGGUACUACAAUAUGACGGAGGAGAAAAGUUGCUGGGGCUUCCCGGCCGAAGGUACCCGGAUUCAAUACCACUGUGAGGAAGGCCACAAACUUCUGGGAACAGCGCUCUACACAUGCGCAGAUGGAUCUUGGGUUCCCGAAGGAGUAAUUGUAGAAGGGGAUUACGAAAUCCCCAUUUGUGAAAACCCUGAUUCCGGUGGAUCUGAAAGACGCUCAACACAGAUUGCUGUCAGCAUAGCAUUGCUUAUUCUUUUCAUUUUCUGGACAUCACACCCAUAAAGAGGAUUCUUGGAUUUCGAAGUUGGAGUUCUGUAACAAUCACCCACCUCUUCCAGAAGAAAUGUGAAUUUGCGUGUUCUCGUGUUGAAUUUUUUUUGUUGGUUGACGAUUUUGAAUUCCUAUUCGAAAUGUUAUAGCAUAUUUAAGAGGACGUUAAGGAAGAAUCUUUGGUUGGUUGCUUUCAAGCACUAUGCAUUGUGUGUUACAUCCAAGGUCACCAUAAAAAAAUAUUUGCUCAUAUUGUUACAAUAUACAAAAUCAUGACAUCAUCCGGAGUUAGGAAAUCCUCUUGAUCACUAUUUUUUUCAGUAUGCUUUAUUUCAAAAAUAAAUAAUAAUAAUAAUAAUUUCAGGCAUUAUGAAGAGAUUUUAAUAAAUAAUGAACGAAAUUAUCUGGAACAGAGAAUAUUUCUUACAGCUAAGAAAUAUUUUCUGCAAUUAUUGAUACAAUCAUACUAGAGCGCUACAAACUGCGCAAUGUAUUUCUCAUAACAAUUAUGUUUAUAUCCUUGGAAUCAUUUUCGAUUUUCCUCUUCAUAUUCAUUUCAGCUGGAAGUUAUAUCUUUUCAAAAUUUUCUUCAGUUUCCUAGGCUAUGUGAAAUCGCAAGAUGAAAUUCCAGGUUUUGAUGGUAAGAUUAAGGCUAUAUGACUGGCUUCACUUUCUUGCUUUUCGCUGGACUUUGCUUGGAAGCUUUUGUGUCUAGUACGAAUUUGAUUAAUCGCUUUGAUAUGUUUAAUUUUCUCUUUUAACAGUCUUCUUUUCCUUCUUCAAUAUUUUAAACUCAUAAUAUUGCUCUUUGUUUCAAGGUCUUCGGAAGCCAAAUGUCACAGUUCUUUCAUUCGAUUGCUGUAAUCCUGCCUAUGACAUGUAACAAAGUAUGGUAUCUGGCAUCCUAUUCUUCACUUUUUUAAAUUGAGAUUAUUAAAUAACUCUUCACACUUCGUUGACAUUAUCAUCGUUGCUGAUGGGAUUUUUCGACUUAUUAUUUAAUGAAGGACCUUUAUGAAAACAACAUAUAACCGAUAUUCUCGUCGAAAUUAUUGAUUAUAUCUUUUUCUUUUAAUCAACCAUAAAAUUCCCCAUUAUAUUACUAUAAAAAAGAUGCUUUUUUAUUAUCAAAUGUAGUUAUUGGACUCUUAACCCUUUGCACGCGGAAAAGUAAUUCGAUGUAUAAUUAUUCACCUAAUACAAAUAUUUGCUUAUUGCUCUGAAAAAUAAAUACAUGUAAUUGUUUUAAGCCGAUUUUCUUCGAAAAAUUAAUCUACAUCAUCUUACCACAGUAUGCGUUUUCAACAAUCAAAAUUGAGAAAUAAAUAAAACGUCAAAAUGUUGCACCGUUUUGAAUGAUGAGUGAGAGGCAUCAUCUGAGUGGAAAGGAUUAAAUAUAUAGUUUGAUUGAUCCUGUCCAUAUAAGACGAAUUGAAUCAGUUUGGACUGACUAAAUUCACCGGAAUGACAUCCUUGCCGAAGCUAAAUUUAUUUUUAUGAUUGCAUUUUGCAAUGCUCAUUGUGCUCAGUAACACGCAUACAUUGUACAAUAUUGUGUGAUUUUAAACAAUAUUUGCAAUAAUAUGUAAUAUCGUUGAAUUUUAAUAAUAUAAUAUAGUAUUACACAAUAUUGUACAAUAUUGGGCACUGCUCUGUGUUAUCUUGCUUAAGAGGUCAUGAUUUGGUGUAAUAUCGCACAAUAUUGGGCACUACUCUGUGUUAUCUUGCUUAAGAGGUCAUGAGUUGGUGUAAUAUCGCACAAUAUUGGGCACCACUGUGUGCUAUCUUGCGUAAGAGGUCAUGAUUUGCUGUAAUAUCGUACAAUAUUGUGUAAUAUUAAGCAACACGCUAUGCUAUCUUGCUUAAGAGGUCAUGAUUUGGUGUAAUAUCGCACAAUAUUGUGCAAUAUUUAGCAACACGCUAUGCUAUCUUGAUUAAGAAAUCAUGAUUUGCUGUAAUAUCGCACAAUAUUGUGUAAUAUUAAGCAACACGCUAUGCUAUCUUGCUUAAGAAGUCAUGAUUUGGUGUAAUAUCGCACAAUAUUGGGCACCGCGCUGUGCUACCUUGCGUAAGAGGUCAUGAUUUAGUGUAAUAUCGUACAAUAUUGUGUAAUAUUAAGCAACACGCUAUGCUAUCUUGCUUAAGAAAUCAUUAUUUGCUGUUGCACAUUACAAUUUCUUAUACAGCGUGCUUUUUUUCUAAGAUGGGUAUAAAUUUCCUUGAUGAAAGAUUGCUGAUGUAAAUUAUUUGCAAUUUGCUCAUUUUUUUCACAUUGCUGUUACAUUUUGCUUGAAUGUGUCGAUGUUUACUUACACAUAUGUGCGCUUGUUGAUUGCUCAAAGUUGCUUUGUUUCCUAUGCAACGUUUUAGAAUUCACCAAUCUGAAAAAUGACACUUGUUUGUGUAAUUGUGUUCAUAUCACAUCUGCUUGUGUUUCUUAUAGAAUCACUGAAGAAUUUCUCAUAGAAUAUAUAAAAGAAGCUUUUUUCUGUUGGAUGUUCUUGGCUGAUAAAAGUUUUGAAUAGAAAUUAAAUUUAUGAUAGAUAUAUAUGUUACACAAAUUAAUUUCAAAACAUUUGUGUGUGUGUUUCUUCAAAAUGCGCAAUCAAUAAUUUUCAUAAUUUUAUGUACAUUUGUCAAGGUUUUUUAUCUGCUGGAUAUUACAAAAUGAAUGUCUGGAUUUUAAAAUCAUGCAGUAUUUAUUAACUUUGAUUUUAAUUGAAUAAUGCUGAAUAAAAUGAAAGGGCAUCUCGAAGAGUUUUCCCCGUAAGUUGUCGCAGGACACAUGUCAAAGCGAUGCACGACUCAGCAGGUCUGGAGUAAUUGAUAAAACAGUUACUUCAUUGCCAGUUCUGAAGUUAAGUAAGUCAGCAGAUAGCAGGGCACGUGCAGAUAUCUAUAAAUUCCGAAAUUAAAAUCUCAAGAUUUGAAACUGCACAUGAAAGACCAUUUCACCUUUAGCAUUUGGUAUUUUGGAUCGUAAAACUUUGUACUUUCCAGCUGAUGAUAUCAUGUAAGGAUUUUAUUACACCUUUAGAAAUCACAAUUGAAUCAAAAGCUGAACGCACAUUGAGAUUCAUAUUUUUUAAAUAGCAAAACAUCGAACAAUUUCUGUUUAGGGGCAGGCAUUUUAACCCCUGGUAAAUUGAGACCGAAAAUGCAUGCUUUGUAUUAACAAGUGCAUCGCUAGAAUUGGCAUAUUGCUUCUUAUUUUUUCAAUCUAGUAUUGAAUCAUUACUCCACAAUUUAUCUAAGUAUUUUGAAACCAAAUAUUCAUUUCACAAUACCGGCAUUUUGUUUUAUGUCUAUUUAAAAGCUUGAUGAAUGUAGAUGGAAAUUUGAAGUUUUUUUAUAUAUACUUAAAAAUUUAUUCUAUUAUUAAUUUAUACGGAUUAAAAAAUUGACACUCAUAUAAUAUUGAGUUAAAUAUUAAUUACAAAUAUAAUUCUGAGUACUAUUUUUUUCCGUAUUUAAGAACUUUGUAGCAUUUACAUAAUUGUGUUAACCCCCGGGGGGGGGACACACCUCGAAAUGAGGAUGAGAUGCUUCCGGCUUGGUGGUUGGAUCUCGCCACCCUAGAGGGUACACUAAUUGGUGGGGGAUCUGACUCCUCCCAUCGAUGACGGGACGUAUUUUCUUCGGGGAGGGUUGUACCGUGGCCGGUGACGGCCCUUAGGACUCAACCACAUUUCCCGCCAACGUUGCUGUUGCGGCGGUCCGGUCAUUCAGUUUUAUGGUUUAAAUUCGUGUGCCUUCGUGGCGGGUCGGAGAGUUAGAUGGUUGAUUUACAUAAUUGUGUUUUUGCUCAUUUAUUGUAAUUGAAAAUCUAUAAUACGGUGGAAAAUUUCACGAACAUUUUAUUUUAAAAAUUUAAUUUUUUCCAUUCCAAUACUUUUAAAAUACUGGUGAAAUGACAGUUUGGAUUUUAUUUCAUUUCAAUUUUAUGCGACAAUUUUUAAAAACGGAAAUGUUUCCCUCCAUUUGAAAGUAACAAACAUUAUCCUCAGUAAUGCAUUCUAGGAUAGCAGAGAGUAUCGCAUUGUAUAGAAAUAACUUUAAUAUAGCAAACUAGAAAUGUAAUUCCCAUCUGUAUAAAAUUAUAGAGAGCUUAUAAAAGAAGGUGAAAAUUUGAGUUUUUGUAAUUAAGAAAGUGUUGAGAUCUGACUAUGAAAAAUUUAUAUAAAUCUCUAUGACUGCCAUAUUAUAUGUGUAAAAUCUGAUGUACAAAUUAAUUGUGUAUAAACCAAAGAAAUAUUAUCUGUGUGAAUGUACAGAUUUGAUCAAUUUGUGUGAAAAUGUAUUAACACAAAGUUUUGUUUUGUCUGAACAAAAUUGAAGAGCGCAUGUGCCAAUGUUUUGUUAGCAAUUAUUUGUACAUUAUAAAAGGGGAAAAAACUAAGUAGCUAUUUUUUAAAGUAAUUUCUAUCAUCUUUUAAUAUUUUUAAACGUCAAAGUUUUUUUUGUUUCUUUACAGAAGUAGUUGUUUUGGGAAGAUAAUGCGUUUUUUUUUUCUCCCAUCUACUUUAUGCUCUUCAAUUUAUGUUCACUGAUGAAUGGUAAUUUAUUUUUAUCACUUAUGCCAACAUUAGUUUCUUGUUGUCACACAGUUUUAUGUCUUGCUGAAUCAUUGUUUUGUUUGAA